CUUGUGUUUACGCAGCGACGGUCCGGAAGAUGUCGCUCAGGCCAGUCCUGAAAAACUUCCGCCUCAAGUUGUAAAGAAAACACAGCAGCUAAAAAGGGACAUCGACGGCAUAACCAACUCAUUUAAGAAGUCAGACAAAAGAUGCAGCUGUUUAUCCCAUCCAAAUACCAAUUCCAGCGCCCGAUCUCUACCUAAACCCCUCAGUGGUGUAAAGUUUAAAAUCUUAAGACCGCACUUGUAAGAAGGAAUCAUUUUUGAUCAGGCAAUAAAAGGCCAGGGGGGUCAUGAGUCACCACUCUUUUGGCGUCAUGGAGUGAUUAUACAUUUAAUUUAUAAAGCACUUACAAAGACACUGUACAUAGUGUGAUGGGUUUGUUCAGCCUUGAAUAUGUGUGGGGAGUGAGUUCCAGAGGGAGGGGGCAGCUAUGGAGAAGGCUCUGACACCCCCCCCCCCAGGUUUGGUGCUUGGUUCUGUGUGGUGGUGCCAAACUCAGGUUGGCAUUUUAAGAACAGAGACUACUGGGAGGGGUGUGACAGUGGAGGAGGUUAUUGGGGUAGGAGGGGAACUGCUGGGUAAAGGCUUUGUGUGUGAGGAGCAGAAUUUUGGAUGCGGUACGGGACAGGGAGCCAGUGGACAUUUUCAAUCAAUCAAUCAAUCAGACUUUAUUUAUAUAGCACCUUUCAGAUAAAUUAAAUUGCAGUUCAAAGUGCUCAACAAGAGUGCAGAAAAGUUAUUGACUAAAAGUAGUUUAUAAAAUCACUGACAGCAGUGAAUUCUUCGGGAGCGGGUGUAGAAGACGGGCUACAGAGUUCUGGAUUUAUUGGCUGAAUCAGUUUAAUUCAUAGCUGGAGCUGAACAUCAUUCGGUGCAGGCACCUGUUUUAAAUGUGGACUGGUCACAUCAUAGCCAGUACCCAGUUUGUGCCAUUACUGAUACAUUGGACUAGAUCUGGAAAUCCCUACUAGUAAAAAAAGAUGUGUAAAAAUAAAUGAUUAAUACCUACACGAUCGGUGUACAGGAGCCUACAAGGGAUGUGAGUACAAUCAUUUAUUUAAAUAUUGUUAACUCGUGGUGACAGAAUACAUUUUCUCCUGAUAACGAAAUUAAUUUUAAUAACGGGUGAAGUUGUUAUCUUUAGAAAAAAAUUAAGAGAUCACACGAUUUUUUUCCAGAGUUCACAGGAGAAAUGGAAAGUCACCGGUUUGUUGAUCAGUCCUGAUUUCAGCUUUCAAGCACUCUGUCGGUCUGGUGUGUUGAUUGAUCAUUGAUAAUCCCUGAUCUAAAUUCUGGAGUUUAAAUCACGUUAUACAGUCAUCAAGAUGUCAUGUUUAUGUGUGACAAACAUUAUUAGUAAAUCGAGGCACCUUUUGUUAUCUUGUGAUUAAAAUUAAUUACGUAUUUAUCGUCAGAUCAAAAAGCAAAUUUUUCUAAAAGAAUAAACUAAUGAACUUAAUACACAAUUAAAGGUAUUGCAUUUGUACGAAUCAUAUAUACCGGUGCUUAAAAUAAAUCUAUUAGAAACGCUGCCAUACAAGGUUUUAUUAAUAACCUGUUGUUAUUGUUGUUCUUUACCAGGCUCUUGACAUUCUGGAGCUUGUGUGGAUUUCAGAGUGUGUGUGAGUGUGUGUGGGUGAGUGUAUGUGUGAGUGUGUGUGAGCUGCAGAUUCCUCCUCACCUUUUCAUCUAUAGCUGCUCCUCCCUGGAGGAUGACAAUGGAGGAGAUGAAGAAUGAAGCGGAGACAAACUCCAUGGUAUCCAUGACACUGUACGCUGUGAUGUACCCAGUUUUCAACGAGCUCGAGAGGAUCAACUUAUCAGCAGCUCAGACGCUCAGAGCAGCCUUCAUAAAAGCGGAGAGGGAGAACCCCGGCCUCACUCAGGACAUCAUCAUGAAAAUCUUGGAGAAAAAGAACGUCCAAAUCAACUUCACUGAAUCCUUACUGCGCAUGGCAGCCGAUGAUGUGGAAGAGUUCAUGAUCGACCGGCCUGAGCAGGAGUUCCAGGACCUAAAUGAGAAGGCCAGAGCCCUGAAACACAUCCUCAGCAAAAUCCCCGAUGAGAUCAAUGACAGAGUACGCUUCUUACAGACUAUCAAAGAUAUAGCCAGCGCCAUAAAAGAGCUUCUGGACACAGUCAACAACGUCAUUAAGAAAUAUCAGUACCAGAAUCGCAGAGCCCUGGAGCACCAGAAAAAGGAGUUUGUGAAAUACUCCAAAAGUUUCAGCGACACCCUCAAAACAUACUUCAAAGACGGAAAGGCGAUAAACGUCUUCAUCAGCGCGAACCGACUCAUCCACCAAACCAACCUCAUAUUGCAGACCUUCAAAACCGUGGCCUAGCCCUCAGAGACCACCGAGCCCCAUCCUCCUCCUCCCCCCCCCCCCCCCAUCCUGUGGGGAGAAACUGCUAGAAAGGUGGGAGCUUGAAGAGCACCUGACCUGUAUAUGUAAAUUAGACAGAGUUGAUUUUACGGUUGGGGUCAAUUCCAUUGACGUUGAAAUUCUAGAUUCCAGUUCAAGAGACUGAAAAGUGCCAUUUGUUUUUGUUUUUUAAAUGAGGAUUUUCCAGUCUUGAAAUGGAACUGAAUGGGCCCAAAGUGUUGGUUGAUUGAUUUUAUUUGGACAGUUUUAAUUUAUAACCCUGGUCUUGUUUGGAGUAGGUGAGGCGAGGUGUUUAUUAAAGACUAAUUGCCAUUUUUCUAAUGUAUUCAUGUUAAUCAUUUUACUUCUAGCUUUUCAUUCAUGGCUACACUUCUCACACAGCGUUCAGUAGGGGUGUGUCCCAGUCUUCUCGGCUCCUUUUUCGUGUCAUUUUGCCAUGGUCUGUGCACGCAGGAUCUAGCUGCGGGGAGAGAAAGCAGAGAUGGACAUUUUAGAGGCAGACUAAGAUUUAUUUUUUCUUUAUUAUCAGAAGACAGAAAGCCAAAUGACUUCGAGCACAGUGUGCGCCUUAACAAGUCCUGUAACAUUCCCUCCUGUCAGUUUAAUGGAAGCCUGUCCCUGCUGCUGGGGGACGUAGAGAGAAAAUUGACAGUUCUGUAUUUAACUGAUAUCUGGUUGCAAAUGUUCAAUAAAUAGUUUCCAAAUGAUGUUUUUC